GACGAAAAAAACGGUCGGAGGAUAGACCUCUGCCAUUGUCUCUAUCCUAGAUGGAACCGAGUUCUUCGAGCGCCACAGCUGCAGAUGGUCCAAGUCCUUCUAGAGGCAGAGGACGAGGGCGAGGACGAGGAAAGUCUCGAGGUGGACUCGGAAAGUAUCUUCGUGCUCGUGGUCGCGGUCGCGGUGGAGGUCGUCCAGCUGAAUUUCGAGAACGACUGCUCCUGGAUGGAGAACGUACAGAAGAACUGGAUGAAGAGGAAGCUCAGGAAUUACAGCAGAGAUACUCCAGGCGCCAACUUGGCACGAAUGCCGACAGGUACGUCGAGGAUGAGCCUGAACUAGACUCGGAUGGAGAGCCUAUACUUGAGCCCGAGGUUGACUUGUCGAAGUUCUUGGAGAGGCAACGUCUGGAUGAUGGUGCUGGGCCAACACUGAAGCCUCCAGAAAACCAAGUUGAUGAAGAUGACGUGGACCAUACCUUGGCACAUAUCUCUGGUAAAGGCAUGUCAGAACCGCCCAGCCACAAGGGCAAGGUGCAACAAAUCGAAUGGGACCCAGAACUCGAGGCGAUGAGCCAGGAGAAAGCCGCGGCGGAAGCAAGCAGAGAUCUGAAGACACGGUUCAGGGCAAAAGCUGCUUCGCCACAGAGAGGCAGACCGAACACUCGCGGGGCAGCGACACGAAAACAAGACAGGUCUUAUGUACAAGCACCACCGCUCCCGCUCGAAGCUAAAGAGCCACCCAAGGCUCCGAAGGCUCAGAUGGAGGACUUUUUGGAUGAUUUACUUGGAUAACUGCACCUUCC